AUGACUGUUGGUGCACUGCCUAUUUGGUCAAAGACUUUCUCUUAUGCAAUUAGAUCAUUAUGCCUGCUGCAUAUAAUACACACGUAUGCGUACGAGUUUACUGAGACAAGGGGAGAGUCUAUGCUGCCAACGCUAUCAGCCACGAAUGAUUAUGUGCAUGUCCUGAAGCAUUUCCAAAACGGCAAAGGCAUAAAGAUGGGGGAUUGUGUAGUGGCGUUGAAGCCCACCGACCCUAAUCAUAGAAUAUGUAAGAGGAUUACCGGCAUGCCUGGUGACAUGGUGCUCGUCGACCCCAGCACCAAAGUAAAUCAUAUCGGGGAUGUGUUGGUUGAUGAAGAGAGGUUUAGUACUUAUAUUAAAGUACCCGAGGGCCAUGUUUGGGUAACAGGAGAUAAUCUUUCUCAUUCAUUAGACUCAAGAACGUACAACGCAUUACCCAUGGGUUUGAUCAUGGGGAAGAUUGUGGCGGCUAAUAAUUUUGAUAAGCCAUUCUGGGAUUCAAGACGCAAUAUUUGGGGGUUUAAAUGGAUCAACAACGCCUUCGUGGAUGCAAGUGGUGAGAGCAAUUGA